AUGGUAUUAUCUCGGAAAUCCAUGAGAAACAACAGUGUGAACGUAUGGUUGAUGGCUACUGCUAUAUGUGAUUUGAUUAUGCUUUUUUGGAGUUCCUAUCAAGCAAUUGAAGAGUUCUCUAUAACACAUUCCGAAGUAGGCUACGAAUGUUGCGGCUACUCAGAGAACUUCACUAUGACUAAAUAUGGAGGUGCGCUCGAUGGAUGGAUGUUCAGCUAUACGAUGAUGAUAGUAGUGUCGGCAAUUGACUCGAUCUUCAAAAUUAUAUCAAUUUUUUCUUUGCCAAUCGUGACUAUUAUACUCAUCAGAUUUCUCAGAAAAGCAGAAGCUUCGAGAAAGAAAUUACAGAGAAAUAGUGAGAAUUCUUCAAAUGAUCACACCACAAAACUGGUCACAUUUAUGACCAUUUCUCUUCUAGUGUCUGAAGGACCGUUGCCAAUAUUCACUCUCCUUCUGACCAUGCUUGAAGAGGACAUCUUUCUGAUGAAAAUCGUUACAAGUAUAUUUAAAUCAUGGUAUUUAGUGUAUACCUUGAACUCGGCGAUUCACUGGUUAAUAUGUGUUUCGAUGUCAUCACAAUAUAGAAAUUGCGUCAAAGAGAUGUUUCCAUGUCUCGAGAAGAGACAAAACCGACGGAUUACAAUUCCUUCCCCGAAUCGACUACAUGCACUUGUUCUCCUUACCUUCCUCCUUGUUGUUGUCCUGGGAAUCCACCUCCCAUCAUCUGAGCCUUCUUCAGCUUCUCUUCCUCCUUCUUUCUCUUCUCUUCCUCAGCACGAGCACGGCGAUCUUCUUCUUCCCUCUUUCUUCUCUCCUCAUCCAAUUUCUUGCGUUCAGCAGCUUCACGUUCUUCUUGCUCUCUGGCAAGACGACGUUGCUCUUGUUUCUCCUUCAACUUCUUCAACUCCUCUUCUUCCUUUUCACGUUCAGCACGACGGAUCUUCUCGUAGUCAUCAAGCUUGGCUUAUAGGAAAGAAGGAAAAGAAGUACUCGAAAGUGACAGGAGCGUGCGAAGCGGCAGCCGGGGUUGCUGGACCACCGGUAGCCGUUGUGUCGACAGAAGCUCUCUUGAACCUCUCUUCUUCUUGCUCCUCGGCUUCUUCUUCAACUUCAGCCUCGGCCUCUUCGACCUCCUCGACUUCCUCUUCCUCUACCUCCUCGUCUUCGUACUCAGAGCUGAAAAUUGGAACAUUUAAAAAUGCACAAAAUUUUGUAUAA